CAGCCACCCCUGUCCCGCCAGCACCUCCUGCCUCCCAGACCCGUGCCCUCGAGCUGGGCCUGAGUCACCGGGAAACCGGGCCCUGACUCAGGGCGGGAGGCUGAGAGGGUUGGGUCCCAGCCAGAGGGAGGCAGAGAGAAGCCAGAACUAAUGCUGUGACCCAGUAGGGGAGCAACAGGGAGAGAGCACUGCAGUCAGAACUUAUGGGAGUCAGAAUCAGAGAUAGGUUCAGGGAAUAUGAGCAGGGUUAGUUAGGAUCAAACUGACCCAAUGGUUCAGAGGCUCAGAUGCCUGAGCUCCAGGGUGUAUAUGGGGAGGGACAAAAGAAGGCUUGCAGAAUGGGGUGUGUGUGUGUGUGUGUGUGUGUGUGUGUGUGUGUGUGUGUCACUUGACACUGCUAGGUCUUUACAGGGUGUGUACUGACACAUGGGUGGAAAAUGGAGAACGCCUUGGACUAUCCUGGCCUCUGGUCCCUCAUCUUCCUGACUGGGUUCUCCACCCAUCCCUGUUCCCUAAGUGGCCUCUCUCUAGGCCAGGACCCCACACAUUGGAACUGUUUAGGGCCCUCUGGGCAGCCUGACUAAGGCAGGCAGGAUGUGGGGGUGGCCAGGCUAGAGGGACAGGAAGGAAGUCUGAGGAGAGACAAUAGGUGGAAGGGGAGGAGGAACUGGGAAGGACCAGGAUUAGGAUGUGCAGUCUAAAACCUCAGAUCUGGAAGCCAGUGGGAGUGGGGUCUGCUCCUCCUUUCCCUGACCUAGACUGUCACCCGACGUGUCUUAUGCAACAGCUGGAGCUGGCCACAUCAAUGGCCCCCACCACCCCACCUUCCCACCCCAUUUUGCCCAGCAGGGUUCAAGCAUCUUGUCUGCAGCUACUCAGUUGAGUGUGCCAUAUGGAAGGGCAGAGCGUUGACCCCAACGGGGACCUGGACAUCGCUGUGUGGCUGGCUGCGGUGCAUCUGGAGCAGUAUGCAGACACGUUCCGGCGGCAUGGCCUGGCUACGGCGGGUUCAGCCCAGUGCCUGGGCCACGAGGAGCUGAGGCAGCUGGGCAUCAACGCCACUGGGCACCGGAAACGCAUCCUGCGCCUGCUACAGGCCGGCACUGCAGAGGACCCCCUGGAUCCUAAAUCGGAUAGUACCAUGGAGCCAUCCCCCAGCCCAGCCUCCCAAGCCCAGCCUUCCAAGCCGGUGCCCAAGCCCAGGACAGUGUUUAGUGGGCUCAGUGGCCCUACCAGCACUCAGAGACCUGGGCUGAGCCCAACCUUCUGGAGGCCAGAAGAGUCCAGGAGCUCAGAGUCCAGCCCAAGGUCCCCUCCUCUCCCCACCUCCUCCUCUGAGCAGACUUCAGCCCUGAAUACCAUGGAGAUGAUGCCCAAUGCCAUCUACUUUGGCCUUGACUUAAGAGGAGGGGCCCAGGUGGCUCAGGACAUGGCUCCAGAGAGCGCCCAGACAAUUGCCCCCACUCCUGCCCUCAGGCCCACCACAGGCACAGUGCAUAUCAUGGAUCCCGGUUGCCUGUACUACGGUGUCCAGCCUUCUGGGGUCCCAGGUGGCCCUGAUAGAAGAGAAGGCAGAGGUGUCUGUCAGGACAGGGCUGAACCCAGGCUCAGCAGGCAGGAUCUGGAGGCACGGGAGGAUGCUGGCUAUGCCAGUCUUGAGCUACCUGGGGACUCCACUCUUUCGCUACCCACCCUGGACACAGAAGAGACCAGUGAUGAUCUCAUUUCACCUUAUGCCAGCUUCUCCUCCACGGCAGACCGCCCCACGCCUUUGCUCAGUGGCUGGCUAGACAAGCUCUCGCCUCAGGGAAACUAUGUCUUCCAGAGACGCUUUGUGCAGUUCAAUGGGAGGAGUCUGAUGUACUUUGGCAAUGACAAGGACCCCUUCCCCAAGGGCGUGAUACCUCUGACAGCCAUUGAGAUGACUCGCAGCAGCAAGGACAACAAGUUCCAAGUCAUUACCGGCCAGAGGGUGUUCGUGUUCCGUACAGAGAGUGAGGCUCAGCGGGACAUGUGGUGCUCCACACUACAAUCCUGCCUGAAGGAGCAGCGCCUUCUGGGCCACCCCCGCGCCCCACCCCCACCCCGACCCCUCCGCACUGGCAUGCUGGAACUGCGUGGGCACAAGGCCAAAGUAUUUGCUGCCUUGAGCCCUGGAGAGCUGGCGCUAUACAAGAGUGAGCAGGCUUUCUCUCUUGGCAUUGGGAUCUGCUUCAUUGAAUUACAAGGCUGCAGUGUCCGGGAGAUCAAGAGUCGAAGCUUUGACCUGCUCACACCCCAUCGCUGCUUCAGUUUCACAGCCGAGUCUGGGGGUGCUCGGCAGAGCUGGGCAGCUGCUCUGCAGGAAGCAGUAACCGAGACCCUGUCUGACUACGAGGUGGUUGAGAAGAUCUGGUCAAAUCGGGCAAACCGGCAUUGUGCAGACUGUGGAGCUUCCCGCCCAGACUGGGCUGCUGUCAACCUGGGGGUGGUCAUCUGCAAACAGUGUGCAGGUCAGCACCGGGCCCUGGGCUCCGGGAUCUCCAAAGUGCAGAGCCUGAAGCUGGAUACAAGUGUAUGGAGCAAUGAGAUAGUGCAGUUGUUCAUUGUCCUGGGAAAUGAUCGUGCCAACCGCUUCUGGGCAGGGGCACUGCCCCCAGGUGAGGGGCUGCAUCCUGAUUCAAACCCUGGGCCUCGGGGAGAGUUCAUCUCUCGAAAGUAUCGGUUAGGUCUCUUUCGGAAGCCCCACCCUCAGCAUCCAGAUCACAACCAGCUUCUCCAGGCUCUGUGUGCAGCUGUGGCAGGACCCAACCUCCUGAAGAACAUGACCCAGCUCCUCUGUGUUGAGGCCUCUGAGGUUGAGGAGCCCUGGUCCCCCUCAGCUCUUGAUGGCAGUCUUCCUGGCCUUCUAUCCUCAGACCCCUCCCCUGGUGUCUACAAUGAAGUGGUAGUGCCUGCUACUUACAGCAGUUUCCUAUACUGUGGUCCCAUCUGCAACAAGGCUGGACUCCUACCCCCUCGCAGGGGCCGGGAUGCUCCUCCCCGCCUGUGGUGUGUGCUAGGAGCAGCUCUGGAAAUGUUUGCAUCGGAAAGCAGCUCUGAACCUCUUAGCCUCAUCCAACCCCAGGAUGUUGUAUGUCUGGGUGUGAGCCCUCCACCUGCUGACCCAGGUGACCUCGACAGGCUCCCCUUUUCUUUUGAGCUCAUCCUCACUGGGGGGAGGAUCCAGCAUUUUGGUACUGAUGGAGUGGACAGCCUGGAAGCCUGGACUAGUGCCGUGGGCAAGUGGUUCUCCCCGCUCAGCUGUCACCAGCUGCUGGGCCCUGGGCUGCUACGACUGGGCCGCCUGUGGUUGCGGUCCCCCUCCCAUACAGCCCUGGCCUCUGGCCUCUGGCUGUCAGGGUUCGGCCUCCUUCGUGGUGACCACCUCUUCCUGUGUCCAGCACCAGGCCCUGGGCCCCCAGCCCCCGAGGACAUGGUGCAUUUACGGCGGCUACAGGAGAUCAGUGUGGUCUCUGCAGCUGACACCCCAGACAAAAAGGAGCAUUUGGUUCUUGUAGAGACAGGAAGGACCCUGUAUCUGCAGGGAGAGGGACGGCUAGACUUCUCAGCAUGGAAUGCAGCCAUUGGGGGUGCCGCUGGCGGGGGUGGCACAGGGCUGCAGGAGCAGCAGAUGAGCCGGGGUGACAUCCCCAUCAUCGUGGAUGCCUGCAUCAGUUUUGUCACCCAGCAUGGGCUCAGGCUGGAAGGUGUAUAUCGGAAAGGGGGUGCUCGGGCCCGUAGUCUACGACUCCUGGCUGAGUUCCGGCGGGAUGCCCGGUCAGUGAAGCUCCGACCUGGAGAGCACUUUGUGGAAGAUGUUACUGACACACUCAAACGCUUCUUUCGAGAGCUCGAUGACCCUGUGACCUCUGCUCGGUUGCUGCCUCGCUGGAGGGAGGCUGCCGAGCUUCCCCAGAAGAAUCAGCGCCUGGAGAAAUACAAAGAAGUGAUUGGCUGCCUGCCUAGGGUCAACCGACGCACUCUGGCCACCCUCAUUGGGCAUCUCUAUCGGGUACAGAAGUGUGCAGCUCUAAACCAGAUGUGUACUCGGAACCUGGCCCUGCUGUUUGCACCCAGUGUGUUCCAGACAGAUGGGCGGGGGGAGCAUGAGGUGCGGGUGCUGCAGGAGCUCAUUGACGGCUACAUCUCAGUCUUUGAUAUUGAUUCUGACCAGGUAGCUCAGAUUGACUUGGAGGUCAGCCUUAUCACCACCUGGAAGGAUGUGCAGCUGUCCCAGGCUGGAGACCUCAUCAUGGAGGUUUAUAUAGAGCAGCAGCUCCCAGACAACUGUGUCACCCUAAAGGUGUCCCCAACACUGACUGCUGAGGAGCUGACUAACCAGGUACUGGAGAUGCGAGGGACAGCAGCAGGAAUGGAUUUGUGGUUGACGUUUGAGAUUCUUGAGCAUGGAGAGCUUGAGAGGCCACUGCACCCCAAGGAGAAGGUCCUAGAGCAGGCCCUGCAAUGGUGCCAGCUUCCAGAGCCCUGCUCAGCCUCUUUGCUCCUGAGAAAAGUCCCUCUGACUCAAGCAAGCUGCCUCUUCACAGGAGUCAGGCGUGAGAGCCCACGGGUGGGGCUAUUGCGGUGUCGUGAGGAGCCACCCCGCUUGCUGGGAAGCCGCUUCCAGGAGAGGUUCUUUCUGCUACGUGCCCGUUGUUUGCUACUGCUCAAGGAGAAGAAGAGCUCUAAACCAGAACGUGAGUGGCCUCUGGAAGGUGCUAAAGUCUACCUGGGAAUUCGCAAGAAGUUAAAGCCUCCAACACCGUGGGGCUUCACUUUGAUACUGGAGAAGAUGCAUCUCUGCUUGGCCUGCACUGAUGAGGAUGAGAUGUGGGAUUGGACCACCAGCAUCCUUAAAGCCCAGCACGAUGACCAGCAGCCAGUGGUUUUGCGACGCCAUUCCUCAUCUGACCUCGCGCGUCAGAAGUUUGGCACUAUGCCCUUACUGCCCAUCCGUGGGGAUAACAGUGGAGCCACCCUCCUCUCUGCCAAUCAGACCCUGCGGCGACUACACAACCGGAGGACCCUGUCCAUGUUCUUUCCAAUGAAGUCAUCCCAGGGGUCUGUGGAGGAGCAAGAGGAACUGGAGGAACCUGUGUAUGAGGAGCCAGUGUAUGAGGAGGUAGGGGACUUCCCAGAGCUCACCCAGGACACUUCGACCUCCUUCUGUACUGCAUCGGAGUGGACAGCCAAAGCAGAGACCUCCUUCAACAGCCAGAGGUCCUUUGAUCAACCCCUCCUCUCUAAAGCAAGCACCCAGGAGGAGAGGCCACCUGAUCCCCCAUCAAGCCUCCCUUCAAAGAGCAAUCUCCAGGCACGGGGUUCCCUGGAGGAGCAGCUGCUCCAGGAGCUCAACAGCCUCAUCCUGAGGAAAGGAGAGACCAUCUCAGGCCCAGGAAGCCCUUCUCAGUCUUCCACUCCACAAACCCCCAGCCCCACUGGCCUUCUAACACAGACACCCAGCUUCCCUACCCAGUCCCCUUGCACUCCCAGUUCACCCUCCAGCCAGCCCCUCACAUGACCUUUGGGCCGGCAGCUGAGGGAUAGGUACCCAGAGGACAACCAAGCUCUCACCAUGGCAAACACUGCUAGGAGCUUCCUCUGCCCUGGCUGGUAAGAAUCCAGAAUCCAGUGUGAUACAAUGGAAGGAGUACUGGACUGAGACUUCUGGAAGCUGUGUGUUUCAGGGCUGGUCAUGGCCCCUCUCUGGGCCCCAGCCCAUUUAUCUAUACCAUGAAGUCACUGGAAUAAGGAGAGCAGUGAAUGUCAGACUCUGCUUCUCAGUGUUUUAAGCUCCACCAUAUAUUUUCCUUCAACAAGGGCAGCUCCUGCUUUAUAUAUUUGAUAUGAAGAAUUUCUGUGAGGGGUUUGGGGCAUAAGGACAUAAGGAUGGUUUUACUUCAUUAAAGAAAAAAACAGGUUUAGAAGGCAGAAGUGGGUGAUGCUCUAGUCUAUCCUAUACUAUUUACUAUAUUCUGGGCCUAUACUGAAGCCCUGGGGCAGGGAGAUUGAGACUGGAGCAAAGGGGAGCCAAAAAAGGAUGGAUCACUAUUAAUAAACCU